AUGGUCGAUAUGUCCGCGCUUACUAGAUCUGCCGCCAGUUUAACAACAACUCUCGUUCAUGUCGCCGCCACCAGCAGUCCCCCCUCUCCUAUGACCACAAACUCCCCAGGCGGAAGCCAGAACAGCGAUGGAAAGAACGGCACAUGCGAGCUACUUGGGUCGUUUUCUCUGUUUGUUCAAGCUGCCCUGGGGGCUUUAGCAGUCCUUGUACUCGUCUACAAGCGGUGGAAAGAACGGCCUCAGAGACCAGUAAAGGUCUGGGCCUUUGAUGUGUCGAAGCAAGUCGUCGGCUCAGCGCUUCUUCAUCUGGCCAAUCUGCUGGCGUCAAUGUUUUCAGCGGGCCAAAUACCCGUAACCGCGACACGCCAACCAAAUCCCUGCACAUAUUACCUGUUGAACCUAGGAAUCGACACUACGCUUGGAAUUCCUAUUCUUAUCCUCAUACUUCACGUCCUCAAUCGUGUCGCUUUGCUCACUCCUUUGGCGACACCCCCAGAAUCCAUUGAAUCUGGAAACUAUGGUGACCCUCCGCAAGCAAUGUGGUGGUUCAAGCAAUCAGUGAUAUACUUCUUCGGCCUUGUGGGCAUGAAAGCAUGCGUUGUCAUCAUCAUCCACCUGCUCCCCUUUAUCGUCGAGCUCGGUGACUGGGCAUUGAAGUGGACAGAGGGCAACACCGCAGUUCAGAUCAUAUUCGUGAUGCUGCUCUUCCCCUUGAUAAUGAAUGCUGUCCAAUACUACAUUAUUGACAUAUUUAUUAAGAAAGCCAUUCCCGACGAUCGUGUGCGCGAAGUUAAUGUGCAUAGUUUUGAUACCGCGUCAGUUGAUGAAGAUCGACAUCAUGAAAGCGCAUUACUCGCAGGAUUGGAUGACGAUGAAGACUCUAUUGAUGAUGGUCCGGCAGAGUUUUCCGAUGACGAAGCGCUGGCUAAGCAACGACUCACGCCCAACAGGUCCAGACCAUAG